AGAUAGAUAGAUAGCAGAUGUUCAGAAAAAGUAUAAAUAUGAAGGGUUGGUGGAGCAAACGAUCAGUUCAUUACACAGAAUGGUUGGUACAGGAAUUCAAAUGAGGAUUUUUGUUGUUUUCUCUCUUCUUCAGGGAUUAAUGGCAAAUAGAUUUGUGAACCGUGAUAUGGUUGGAGCUAGUCAUGAUGUUAUCUGUCCUAUUUCCCAAGCUAAACCCAACUUCAAUAUAGAUCUGUUUAUGGGACACUGGUACAUCUUGGAAUAUCAAUAUCCCAGAGAGAUGAAGUUGACCGAUCUUUCCUGCCUUUCCUUUGAUUUCAACGCAGCUGGAGAAGAUAUUGUAGGAAAUUUCUCAUUCAGAUAUCCACCCAGGUUUGGUCAUUAUUACCAUAUUCCAACUGUAAGUAACGUGAUUGCUAACGGACAAGAAGGACUUUGGAUGACAUCCUUCAAAGGAGUCUCCCUGCUGAGUGGUAUAGUGGAUACAGAUUAUGAAAACUGGGCUGUCUUUGUGCAGUGUGUAAAUGAAAGCGGGGAAAACAAGUUUAUGUCAACCCGGGUUCUCUCAAGAACUAGAGAUCUUAGUCCCCAGGACUGGUUGACCGUCAGGGAAGCAAUCCAGGUAUAGUUCAAGGUCUGGGUUGGAUAUA